AUGUCUCAUAACGGUUCACAACCAGAUCCCGCCAAGAUGCACACCGCGAGAUCGCGUGCGGGCCUCGCCCCCCAUAGAAGCAACAGCAACGGCAGUCGUCGUUGCCUCCAACUCCUACUCCUGGCCGUGCUGCUCCACCAUGAGCAGGCGGCGGCCAUGUCGCUGGACCGCCUCGCCCUCGAGCGCAACGAGCUGCCAGCGGAUCAAUCCCCCGCUCCAGCCCCAGUCGGAGGUCCAUCCCAGACGGACGUCCUUGUGGACGACAUGAAGCUGACCUCGAUCCCCUCGGCGGACUCUGCCGCCGAUAUGUACAUGCUGGUGCCGGAAACGGUGGCCAGCCAACUGGAGGACACCGAGCACGUGCACCGCAACUCCAUUGAAUCGGACUCGGGCUCCGAGGAUCCGGCCAGUGCCGCCUCCGACAUGCUAAUGCUGGAGAGUGACUCCAGUCCAGCCUUGCAGCUGGUGGAGCUGCCCAGCGACAUAACAGUGGCAGAGCAGGAGCAGGAGCAGGAUCAGCAGCAGCAACUGCAGCCGGAAUCUAUCGAGGAGCAUGUGGUGCUGAUGAAGCCCAGCAGCAGCCAGGAGGCCCAGCUGGAGCAGGCAGUGGACAGUGCCACCGAAGAAGCAGCAGCACAAGCUCCAGUUGCCGCCAUGGACGAAGCUCAGCCGGAAGCCGAGGAGGAGGAGGAGCCACUGGCAGCCACUCAGGCCACGCCAGAGGAACAGGCCAUGGACGACCAGGUGCCAGAGGAGUCGGAAGUGCAGCCAGAGCAAGUGCAGCCAGCCGCUGAAGAGACUGCAGUUGAGGAGUCUCAGCAACAAGAAACAGAAUCUCAGCCAGAAGCUGAGCAGGAGGUUGAAUCCCAGCCAGAGGAGGAGGCAUCCGAGCCAGAAGUCGUAGCUCUUGAAGUUCAGCAAGACGCUGAAGCCAAGCCAGCAGAGCCAACUCAGCCAGAAACUGAAUCCCAGCCAGAAAUUCAAGCUCAACCCGAAGCUGAGUCCCAGCCAGAAGUGGAAGCCCAACCUGAAGCCCAGUCCCAGCCGGAAAUUCCAUCCGAAAUCCCAGCCGAAGUCCAGGCUGAUCAGGAGAAGGAAUCCGACAAUGAAACAGAAACCGAAACCGAGCAGGAGAAGAUCAGCGACAACGAAGUGGACACCACAGAGGCUUCCCUAAUGGAAACUCUGGCGGAGAAUAUCGAAGAAGGCCUUACCGCUGCCAUGGACAACCUGGUGCCCGAGGAACUAGCGGAGGCCACCGAAAACAAGAAUGAGGAACUGGAGCAGGAACAGGAAACUAUUUCAGAGCCAGAGGAACUUACUCCUGUCACCGAAGCUACAAUCAUCGAGGAGCAAGCAGCUCCCGAAGUUGAGCCCUUAGAGGAUAAGAAACCCGAACUCAUUUUAGCCGAUGAACCAGAGCAGGAGGCUGAGCCCGCUAAGGAAGUCCAGCCAGAGAUAGUCCCAGCAGAGGCAGCACCAGAAGAGGAAUCAAAGCCCCAAGAGGAGGAAACCAAGACAGAGGAGGCAGCUAAGCCCGAAGAGGAAGCCAAGCCAGAGGAGGAGGCUAAGCCAGAGGAGGAGGCCAAGCCUGAACCCGAACACAAGCCAGAGGAGGAAUCCCACAACAAUGACGAGAUUCAGCAAGAGAUCAAUGAGAUCAAACCUGAAGAGCCCAAGGAUAAGAUUCCUGCUGAAAUCCCAUUGGAGAUCCCAGUUGAAAUCCCAGCUGAAGUUCCCUCCGCCAUCCCUGCUGAAAUUCCCGCUGAUAUUCCAGCUGAAGCUCCAGCCAAACUCCAAGAUGAAAUCCAAGCCGAACCCGAAGCAGAGAAGGAGAAGGAGAAGGAACCCCAAGCCAUAGCAGAGGAACCCAAGCAGCCCGAGCAGCCUGCUUCCCUGCUGACCACCAUCAUACCCAUGGUGCUGCCCCAGCCCCAGCCCCAACCCCAGUCCCAGUCUCAGCCGCAGAUUCCAUCCCAGCCGCUCCAGGUGCAGGACAGUGUGCUCAACUAUGUGAAUGCCUCGUUCCUUACCCAACAACAGACUGAGGCGGAACUACCCAAGGCCGAGGAGGAGUCUCCGUUCAAUGCCCAUCUGCGACGCUACGAUGGCGCCCAGGUGUGGCGCAUCGUGGUGCAAACCGACAAGGACAAGCGUUUGGCCGAUGAACUGCAGUCCAAAUAUGAUGGCCAACUCUGGAAGGAGGUGAAGCAGGAGGUGGACUAUCUACUGAAGCCUCAAGUUCUGGCCGCUGCCGAGCGUCACAUUCGUGCGGCCAAUCUGUCCCGGAUUGUGCUCAUCGACAACCUGCAACAUGUUAUCGAAGUGGAGAAUCCGCCAGCGGAAAAGAUUGCCGAGCUUCAGAAUCGCAAGGGCCACCGUCUCACCUGGCAGGCUUAUCAUCGCUUGGAGGACAUUCAUGGUUUCAUUGACUACAUGGCAAAGACCUAUCCGGACAUCUGUUCGACGGAGGUCAUUGGCUACUCCGUGGAGAAGCGUCCCCUGAAGAUACUCAAGAUCUCCAAUGGCAAUGCCCGCAAUCCUGGCGUUUGGAUCGAUGGCGGCAUGCACGCUCGCGAAUGGAUCAGUCCCGCCACGGUCACCUUCAUCGCUAACCAACUGGUCGAGGGCUGGGAGGAUCUGCCCGAGCACAUGCGCAGCAUCAACUGGUACAUCCACCCGGUGGCCAAUCCCGAUGGCUAUGAGUACUCGCACACCACGGAUCGCCUCUGGCGCAAGAACAUGCGGGCCCAUGGACGCCAGUGUCCCGGGGUGGAUCUGAAUCGCAACUUUGGCUACAAGUGGGGCGGCAAGGGCACCUCGGCCAGUCCCUGCUCCCAGACGUAUCGCGGCAGCAAGGCCUUCUCCGAGCCGGAGACCUUCUACAUUUCCAAGUUCAUCAGCGGAUUCCCGCGCGAAACCUUCCAGGCGUACCUCUCGUUCCACAGCUACGGACAGUACAUCCUGUAUCCUUGGGGCUACGACUAUCAGCUAACCCAGGACCGUGCCGAUCUGGAUCGAGUGGCACGACAGGCAGGAACGAGCAUCACCAAGUCAACGGGUGUUAAGUAUACGGUGGGAUCUUCGGCCACCACUCUGUAUCCCGCUGCCGGCGGCUCCGAUGACUGGGCCAAGGGCAUUGCGGGCAUCAAGUAUGCCUACACCAUUGAAAUGGGAGACACCGGACGUUAUGGCUUCGUCCUGCCCGCCAGGUUCAUCCAGUACAACGGCAAGGAUGGCUACACCUUUGCCGAUACUGUUGCCAGGGCCAUUGCCCAGGGACGCGGCAAGGCGGUGGCCAGGAACAGCAGUGGCAGCCGGAGGCGUAGCCACUAA